UACUGCUUGCUAAGCUGAACCAUCAAACUAACGGAGCCUUACCUCAAAAUUGCUCCUCUGUCUUUCUCUUAAAAACUGAAUCCGUAUUGUUUUUCUUUUGGCAAGCUUGGAGAACGAAUUUCCAGGAUCCACCAAAGACGUGGUCGACAAGGAUAAACCGAUAGUCAGAAGAAGGGAACAAGGCAGAGGAGAUGCUGAGGAAUGCGUGUAAAUAACAUUGUGAAGCCAGAGGCCAUAGUGCUUGUACCGAGAUGGUGGGUCUAAUAUAGGUUCUUCAGAGAUAUAUAGCUAACAGAAUUGGCCGACUAGCUGUAGCAGACAGUGAUACCAACCAGAGUAAGGAUAAACACAAAAUCUUGACACAGAUAGUAUUAGGUAAUUACCAGAAUUAAAUUUGAAGUUGGAGGGAAGAUGGAAGGGCAAACAUCAAAGAUGUUUAAUUCCUCAGACGUCAACUGUCAAGUGUCAACCUGAGUUUAGAAGUUACUGAGUUGCCUUGCAACAAUAAUAUUUAAAAAAAUGGAAAGUUUGAUUAGCAUUUUAGUCAAUGGGCAAAUAUAAAAAGUUAAACCUUAUCUAUCAUACAAAGAGAAAAGCCACCCCGAAAGCAAGAGAUCUGUCAUGAGCUUUUGAGCUCGGUUCUUGUGCUGGCAAUUCUUUUCAUAUUAACAAUGACUUCUGCUUCACCAUCUCCCACAGUCAUCAUCAUCGGAGCUGGAAUGUCAGGGAUUUUAGCAGCAAAGACACUGCAUGAUUCUGGAAUUCAAGAUAUAUUGAUUUUAGAAGCAAACAGCAAGAUUGGUGGUCGGAUUCAUAGCGUUCAAUUUAGAGGACACACUGUUGAGUUGGGUGCAAAUUGGGUUAUUGGUGGAGGUCCUAGGUCCAAUCACUUGUAUGAAAUUGCUAGCAAACUCAACCUUAAGACCUACUUGUCAGAUUAUGGAAAUAUCUCGGCAAACAUCUAUAAACAAGAGGGUGGAUUAUACCCCAAGCAUAUAGUCAGCGCAGCAUUAGAAGUUGCUGAAACAAGGGAUCAAUUCUGCACGAGCUUUUCCACUAGACUAUCUGCACCAGGACACGAUCGUGAUGAUGUGUCAAUACUGGUAUCGCAGCGCCUCUUCAAAGAGGUGCCGACAACUCCUCUUGACAUGGUUAUAGACUAUUUCUACAACGAUUAUGAAGAUGCAGAACCUCCAAGAGUGACAAGUUUAAAGAACACCAUUCCUCGCUAUGAGUUUUUAGACUUUGGGGAUCAAACAUAUUUCUUGGCUGAUUCAAGAGGCUUUGAGAGUAUACUUAUUUACAUUGCCAAGCAGUUUCUCUCCCACAAACAUGAAGUAAUAAGGGAUCAGAGGCUCAAGUUAAACAAGGUGGUUAGAGAGAUCAAUUAUUCUAAGAGUGGAGUCCAAGUAAAAACUGAAGAUGGUUCUGUGUACCAAGCCAAAUAUGUGAUUGUCUCUGUGAGCGUUGGGGUACUUCAAAGUGACCUCAUUGUGUUCAAGCCACACUUACCUCAAUGGAAGACACAGGCAAUAUAUGAAUUCGAUAUGGCUGUAUACACCAAGAUAUUCCUGAGAUUCCCUUACAAGUUUUGGCCCUCUGGACCCGAGACAGAAUUCUUCCUCUAUGCCCACGAAAAACGUGGAUACUACCCGAUAUGGCAGCACUUGGAGACUGAAAUGCCAGGAUCAAACAUUUUAUUUGUAACAGUAACAGAUGAGGAAGCAAAGAGGAUAGAGCAGCAACAGGAUAUUAAAAUCCAAGAGGAGAUCAUGGAUGUGCUGAAAAAAAUGUUUGGUAACGACAUUCCAGAACCAGAUGAAAUUCUUAUUCCUAGAUGGUGGUCCAACAGGUUCUUCAAGGGUAGCUUCUCAAAUUGGCCUAUUGGAUAUAGUCAACGAAGACACAUGCAACUAAAGGAACCUGUUGGUCGAAUUUAUUUUAGUGGGGAGCACACCUAUUCUAGAUACUUGGGAUAUGCUGAUGCUGCAUAUUUUGCAGGUAUCGAGACUGCAAAUCAUUUAAUCAGGUGCAUUAAACAUGAAAAAUAUUGCAAUGGCUAUGAUCGGCAUUCAACAAUAGACAGAUUACACAACGAAGAUCCUUAUGAUCCUGAUGCAUGAAGGUUAAAAUUCAGAUGUCAUGGACUGCCAUAUUACAGCAUCAAGAGAUCAUCCUCUGUCUGAAUUUGGAAUAUUGAUGUACUGUUUACUUAGUAGCAACAAGUUACCACAUUAAACUGCAUCCAUUGAGACAAUAUUAAGCUACUGAUGAGUUUCAAUAUAUCAUGUCUUGCUACAUUUAUAUUUUCUCUCAAUAUUUUAUAUACUUGAGGAGACAGUGGAUACAUUCCAGCUGCAUCAGCGCAGCUUAGGGCAAAUUAUGUAUAACAUUUUCAUGGCUUGUUUUUGCUUUA